CGGUUGCAUAAAUUCUGGUUCGCAGCAGGUCGAUGUUACAUUACGUAGUGGGAACGCGCUGUGGGCAGACGCGACCGAUCAUUUUACGCAAAACAAUUUUAUUAAGAUGAGAAUAUUAUGCCUGAUACUAUGUAUCGGGCUGGCGGCUGCAUACAGACAUCAUACUCACAAUAGAGCGCUGAAUACUCUGUACAGAUGGAAACAAAUCGAUUUUGCAUAUCCCAGUGACCAGGAGAAACAGCAAGCGAUAGCUAACGGACAGUUUAACCAGACCAACGUAAUACCGCUCGGUAUAGAACGAUGGCGAAACCGGAUCUUUCUCAGUACUCCUGCUUGGAAAAAGGGGGUACCGGUGACAUUAUCAACGUUGCCCACAUCAGCGGGCGAGGCCUCGCCGCAACUCACACCAUACCCCAGCUGGGAUUGGCAUAACGCGGGUAACUGUACUGGAUUUACGUCAGUAUUCCGAAUGAGUGUAGACCACUGCGGUGUGAUGUGGGUGUUGGACUCAGGACAAGUGGAGGCCUUUGAGGCGCCACGUCAGCUCUGCCCACCGACAUUAUUUGCCAUUGACUUAGACACAGACACUGUUAUUGGCAAAUAUCCUAUCCCGAAAGAAUUCGUCCUCCAAAACUCGCUGAUCACAAACCUUGUCGUGGACUCGAGAGACUCCCAGUGUAGAGAUCUGCAUGUUUACAUCGCCGAUGCUUGGCGUUUUGGACUCAUCGUGUUUAGAAAUUCCGAUUCAUACUACCACGCUAUGUCUAGCUCUCUAGAAUUUGUGGUCAGUACAUCUGUGUUGCGGGAUCCCUCUCGUGUCAACAACGCGGUGGACGAGUUCAAACUGCUCGGUGAAAGCCGAGGUCCAGGCGGUCAGGUCUCUGCAGCAGCAAUCGAUCGAAAUGGAAUUAUGUUCUUCAACCUAAUAUCACAAGACAGUAUUGGAUGUUGGAAUACCUACACUGAGUAUGAAAGCAGAAAUUGGGAUAUAGUAGCUAGUAGCAAUGAAAUAUUAGUGUUUCCCAACGAUUUACGAAUUGACCACGAAGUACCUCAAUUUGCAUGGAUAAUAUCAAACCGGUUACCAAUGUAUCAAUUUAAUUUGAUAGACCCGAAUCAAUACAACUAUCGUGUUCUCUACUUAGAUCCUUUAGAAGCUGUUGAGAAUACUGUUUGUCAGCCUCGAUUAUAUAGCUUUUAAGACAUGUAACAUAAAACGUAUAUAUCAAAAAUACCUAUAAUGAA